CGAGAACAAAUGAUGACCCGGAGACCCAUUCACUGUACACAGCAGGUCCCAUUACUAGUGCAAUCUAAGAUUUAAUCGGAAUAAAAAAAACAUCCAAAGAUAGCGCACGGUUAAUUGAGUGUUUCAGUCACAGCACUGUGAUCUUAUCCCGCCUGUCUGAGGGCCACAGGCCGAGGAGGCUGGACCCCCGAGUGAGGACGGAUCAAGGGGCAGCUGGGGGAGAUGGGUGGAGAGGGAGAAAGACGUAAGCGAAAGAAGGAAGUGAGGAAAUGACGUCAGGAAUGAUCACACAAAUUACUGACAGUUGAGGAUCAUUGAACUGUGUCAUGCCUCACGAACUUUCCUUAUAAACUCUAUGAACGCUGUGGCUGAAACCGGUCACGACAGCUGAGUCAGUGUGGAGUUAGGAGCACCGCAGUGGACUAAGCUGUAAAUCGGUUACUUGUCCAUACUGCAAUGAAGGCCUUCAGUCUGGUGCUGUUCCUGUGCCUGGGCCAUACUGUCUGGACGAUGUCUAAUCAUUUGUACAAACAUGACUGGAAUAGGCUGAUUUUGACCCAUCACUGGCCACAGACCCUGUGCUCUUUGGAACAUAUCACUUGCUCCCAGUUUAACUAUUGGACCUUACAUGGACUCUGGACAGAUAAAGCAGAUAUGUGUAAUUCUUCCUGGCCUUUUGAUGAAAGACAGAUAGAGGACCUAAUGCCAGAAAUGAAUAAGUGGUGGCCGGAUUUGCUGCAGUCAGGUGCCACUAAAUUCUGGAGUCAUGAAUGGCAAAAACAUGGGACUUGUGCAGCACAACUUGAAGCCCUGAACUCUGAGCAUAAAUACUUCGGUAAAGCACUGGAGCUAUACAAGAAAGUGGACCUUGAUGGGAUUUUGAAGAAAUUUAACAUUGUCCCAUCAACAAAAUAUUACAGUCUGGAUGAGAUCAAGGGUACCAUUGUCAACUUUUACAGAGUAAAACCAAAGAUUCAGUGUGUAAUGCCAAAAGAGGAGGAAGAGGCUCAAACAUUGGGGCAAAUCGAAAUCUGUUUUGACAAAGAAUUCCAGUUGGUUGACUGUGUGCAUUCUAAAGAGGAGCUUUCUGACAGGACAGAUGACCACCUAACCUUUGGUUUUCAUUCCCAUUGGGAAUAUACCGUCUGUGAUGAGUCCUUGCAAGUUUACUAUCCUCCCACACAAGAGAGGAGUUAGCUACUGGCAAAGGAAAUGGCUCUUUAUGUGGGUUUUACAAUGACUACAAUUCCCUUGAUGUUUGCUGAAAACUGUAAAGGAAUGAAUAUUGAAAUUUUUAGCAAAGAAAUCGACUGUCUGUUAUGCUGCAGCCUUACUUGCAAAUUGUCCUUUUUUUUUAAGACUUUUCUGAAUGACAGGAAGUGCUAGUUUAUCAUUUUUCCCAGAAAAGGGAAUAUACACUUCAAUUUCUCGCUGUGCAGAGAAGUUCUUUUUCUCCUGUUUCUUUGCAUGUCAUUUUGCUGUUAUGACUCAAACGUCAUACAUUUUGCUAAAGAAAAAAACUUAAGUUGAUUUAGAAACUACUUCUCUAAAUUGAUAACUUGCAAAAUUAAAACUUUGUCUCUGUAGGUAAGAAAAUUGAUUUUCUUUAUUUGCUUUCUUGGGGUUGUUUUGUUACAUUUAUUCCUUGAUAGUUGCCUUAUCAUUAAAGAUAACUAUGAGCAAAACCUCUAGACGGCCAUCAGCCAGUAACACUGCAAAUGACUUUUCAUAUUUGUCACAUUCAUAGCAUGUUUCAUCACAAAUCUUUCUAGGGGCAUCAUUGACAACUUUUUGUAAGGACUAUUUCUAUUUUUGCAGAACAGUAUAAUUUGUCUUUCGAGGUGCACUAGAAUUUUUUUAAAUGUUAGUUUUUGUGAGCUUUUGUAAUGCACUUAAUGAAAGUUUACCAGUUACUUUGCAUAUACAUGUUUGGACUUCAUUUAAGACAAGUACUGUAAAUAUGCAUUUUUUUGUACUGUUAAAAAAUCAGAUUGUAUCAUUUCAUUGUAAAUUCAGCUCCAUUCUUGCUUUAAUUUGCAAGAAUACAUAGAUUGUCUCAAGGGAAUCACAUACGUUAAAGAACUUUCUUCUGUCUCACUAAGUAUAGGUUAAUUUUGGUGCUUGGGGGCUGAAAAUGUACUAGAUAAAGAUGUGGAUAUAAAAUUUAACUUGAGACUUCCUGUUUGUCAUGUGGUCAAAUGCAAAGUUAAUGUACUGUUCAAUAUACUGCAUGGUUUUGUGUGAUGGCCAUGCUUCGCCUGCUCAUUGUGCCACUCUGGACUAGACACCAUGUGCAGUACAAGUUGCAAGAUGAGGGGUCUUGGUGUCUGGUUUGGGUCUGUGUAUAAUAGAGAAACAUUGGAAGAGUUUUUUUUUUUUUUUACAUUAAUGCAAUACCAGUUGAUUGGGGUUCUUAUUUUUCUGUUAAUAACAAAUCUAUUCCAGACAAUUUAUUGUACUUGAUUGUUUUUUUUGGUGCAAUAAAACAAAUCC